AUGCUCACCGACAAGCACAAAGCAGACCAUAUGGCUUUCGUUCGACAGUUUCUCCGUGAAGGCGCCACCGGGAAGCCCUACUCGCACGACAUGUUUGACCAAGUGCACAUUGACGAGAAGUGGUUUUACAUUUCCAAAAUCAAUAGACCGUACUACCUCUGGAAUGACGAGACGGUGCCCAGUCGGAAAUGUCAAUCCAAAAGCCACACCAUGAAGAAGAAGGCCAUGUGGAACGGGAAGAUCGGGAUGUGGCCGUUCGUGGCUAAGCGGCCGGCUCUGCGCAACAGCAAGCAUCGAAAACGCGGCGACGAGAUCACAGAGUCAUUAACGGUGAUGAGGGACGUGUACCGCGUGUAUUUGGCGGAAAAAGUCAUUCCGGCCAUUCGAGAGACGUGGCCUAGCGGACGUGGCGGAACGAUUUGGAUUCAACAAGACAAUUCCCGGCCGUAUGUCAGCGUCAACGAUCCCGCUGUUGCUGCAGCAGGUUGUGUCGAUGGCUGGAAUAUCAGGCUUUAUGCUCAACCGGUCCAAGGUCCAAAUCUGAACAUGCUGGACCUUGGCUUUUUCAACGCGAUACAUUCACUCCAGCACCAGACGGUCACAUACACUUUCGACGACCUUCUGGUUGCUGGAAAGCAAGCAUUUCAAGGCCCGGAGUCACGUGUGUUGGACAAGACUUUUAUGACUUUCCAAAAAGUCAUGGAGUGCAUAUUCAAGAUGGACGGCGACAACGCGUUCAAGCUACCGCAUCAAGGCAAGGACGUGAUUGCCCUACGUGCUCCCCUUGUGUUCGACUUGCAUGCGAUGACGAGGUUUGUGCAGUCAUUGAUUCCAUGGAGGAACGAAUGGAGUUUGAACGCCGCGUUGAUACUUUGA